AUGAAUUUCAAUUGUCUUCAGGAAGUAUUCAAUCCUGUUGAUGAAAUUAAAAAAAUGUUAGAAGGAGAGUAUAAAGUAACAAUUUCAGAUGGAAAUAAAAAUAAAUUAUAUGAGACAAUUUUACCAAAUGAAGAAGCUGAAGAUUCUUAUAGUGAGAAUGAUAGUGAUAUCGAUUAUGAUGAAGAAAGUAAACAAAAGGAUAAAAAUGAUUUUUCUAUAGAAACUCAUGAUAAAGAUAACAAUAUAAGAAAGAAUUGGCCAUUUCAAGAUGAAGACAACGAAAACUCGGAUUCUCUAUUAAACAGAUAUUUAAGUUCCGAAGAAUUCAAUGAAUUCAAAGAGGAGGAGAAUGAACAAAUUUUAUUAGAUGAACAAACUGCAACAAUAAGUGGAGUAACUGCUCAAA